AUGACGCUCCGUACGAUUGCUCUUUUUGGAGCAAACGGUCAAGUCGGCGAUUCCAUUCUCCGGGGGCUGCUUGCCGAAGACGACCACCAAUUCAAGAUCCAUGCUUUUAUUCCUAAGGGGUUUGAGUUGCAGCAUGGACAGUCACAUUCAAAGGUUUUCAUUCAUGAGUUUGAUCUUGAGACCUUGAGCAAAGACAAACUUGCAACCGAACUAAAAGAUGUCGAUGCUGUAAUUAGCGCUUUGAACGGAAAAGCUCUCGAUGCACAGCCAACGAUCCAAGAUGCAGCGGCAGCCGCGGGCGUAGCGAGGUUUUAUCCUAGCGAAUUUGGCAUGCACAAUGUCUAUCGAAAGCCAGAUGAUCCUUGGGGAUACGUACAUCCGUUGUGGGAUAGCAAACAACAGUCUAUUGACAAAGCAAUUUUCCAUCCAGCUGUGUUAGAAGGGAAAAUGACUUACACCGUAGUUGGUGCUGGAGACUUCUACAAUCAGGACAGGGAGAAGGUAUGGUGCCCGUGGACGCAGCGUGACGUGGAAAAAUACGACCUUCACAUAAUUGGCGACCCCGACGCUAAGGCGGAUUUUACACAUCUCGACGACUUUGGCAAAUACAUUGUCGCCACGCUGGUCAAUUCUGGAAAAUCCAAAAACCAAUUUUUGAAUUUCACGAGUGACACUAUCUCGUACAACAAAAUUGCUGAGCUACUAGAGAAGUAUAGCGGAAAGAAGGUCAACAAAAACGUCAUGUCGCAGGAUGAAAUGCACGAGAUUAUCAAAAGUCCAUCAAAGGCGCCCGAAGAGAUGACCGAGAGCGCCUUCCCGGUAGACUUUUGGUUUCUGGUAAAGGGUCUGCAAGGCCAGGGAAGCUUUCGCCGCCCGCCAGGCCAAAUCCAUAAUCAUCUCUUUACUUACAUAAAGCCCACCACGUUCGAAAGCUAUUUAAAAGAACGUUUUGUUAGAGAGAAAACUGUCUGA